UUUUAAGGGCUGUUGUUCUGCGGGGGCCCAAGCAAAGGGGGACAGAGAGGAGGUACACGGUUGCUCGCAGUUCCCCACACUCACCAGCCACCUGUGGCCCAGCAUCCGGAGCCAGGCGAGCUGCGGCAGGUGGUUUGAGACAAGUGGCUGCCCUACCUCCCACCCUCCUCGAACCUUCACGCAGCGACCCCCAUCAUGCCCUCCCAUGCGCAGACAGCAGACAGACUCAAUGCUCUGGUCAACACCCCUUCUGCUGACCUCUUUCUCCCCAUCUGGCUGUUUCCCCUUUUCUUCACCCCACCCCCACAGCAGACGGAACCGAACAGGAGCUGAGAUUCGUGCCCCUGGGCCACCUUGGGGAUGUACAGCUCCCACUGGCUCUCCCGGACCUGCAGAGGUGGAGCCAGCCCACAGGGAGGGGGCUGCAGUCACCAUGGACUGGGUGGGCUGAGGUCCAACUGUCCCACUGUCUCUGCUACCCUACUAUGCCCAGGAUGGGGAAUUCCAGCCUCAUAUGAGAUUUGUGCUGUCUGAGCAGCCAUAAUUCUUUAUAAUGUCCAGGCUGCCAUUGACCUGUAGGGGUUUCUCGACAUACCUCGAGGUCUAGGGACCACUCCACCUCAAGUCAGCAGAGCUUCCCCCAGCUGUCCCGAGAGGUCUAAUGAUCAUCCUCCACCCAAGCCAGCAGGGCCAGCCCGAUUUCUAGUGGAGACCACGGGGAGGAGAUGGCUGUGCUCCAUCGCUCUGGCAGCCAUCAGGCUUAUCAGGUCCUCUGUGGUCAUGAGGACCAGGUAGCUGCCAGUGGCCAUGUCAGAAGAGCAGCAGGUGGCAAUUCAAGUUUGAGGUGUCAGCCCACCAGGAGGAAAAUCCUUGAUGGAUGAAUCUCAUAGGUUUCUCCUGGCCACCUGUCUGGUGGCUGUGCUGCUGCAGGAGGCAGGUGCAAUUCCAGCACUCCAGGUCCCUGUCAAGACCAAAGGCAAACAUGUGAUCCUUGAGCAGGAAACAGAGAAGGCCUUGGGUGCCAAAGCCUUGGAGCCCCUGGAGAAGGACCACCAGCUAGGGGCACUGCUGCCUGUGCCCAAGCAGAAGCUUGCAGCUGCUGAGGAAAAGCGUUCAGAUGCCAUGACCUGGGUGGAGACUGAAGACAUCCUGAGCCGUUUUCGGAACCCUCACUAUGGUCCAGAACUAGAUCUUGACAGCCUCCACCAUCCGACGUACGAGGAGGUCCAAGAUGAGGAAGUGCCCCAGCCGUGGCCCGUGAUGUAUCGUCAGGUGCUCCAGGGGCCAGAGGAGGACCUUGACCACAUCUUCCACUCUCUGGAGGACUCCGAAUAGCUCUAAACCACUCUCCCACUUCUGUUCUGAGGCCCAGACUGUUGUGACCACUGACUCCCCAGCUAGCAAAAAUAAACACCUGCAAACAGGUAGAA